UGGGAAUGUAUGCAGAUAUUUUUUGUUAUUGUCUUCACACACUCUGCUACUGACCGUACCACGGGUGUAUUAUUCAGUUAUUAGCCAAUCACAUGUAUAUCCUGGGAACAUUUUUGAAAGCAAUCUACAACAUAGCAUGUUCGCAAUGGAUAAAAAGUUUGGAAGAUGCGCCUUGAUUCACAUUCUUAAUUUAUUUUCAAUUUAACUUCCGGGUUUGGACCUAAUUUGAAUAACGACGUCUGUGGAGGAUGGUGGACCUCAAAAUGACAACGCUCAAGUUUUUCAUUGUUUUCUGUGUCUUGGUGACGUUAGAAUAUGUUGAUUGUCGAGGAAGAGGUGGAGGAGGUUCUAGAGGCGGAAGUAGAGGCUUUAGAAGUUCUUCCAGAGGCAGCAGUAGCAGCAGAAGCAGCGGGGCCUGGAAAACAGCACUUUUUGCAGGGACAUUGUACGGAUCACACUCCUACAUGAUGAGGCGGCGCUAUAUUGACAACCCUAACAAAGAGCCCGCAAUAUGUGAGAACAAUGACAUACAGACGAACCAGACAACCGGUGCUACAUAUACAAUAGGGCGGUUUAUAUGCCCCAUGAGGAACCAAACUGACAGUAUGGAAUGCUGUUGUGGAGCUACUGGGAAACAGUAUUGUUGCGAUGAAUGUGGCUUGUCAGUGGGAGCUAUAGUCGGAAUAUCGUUGGGGAGUACUAUAGGUUUUGUAAUACUGCUGUUUCUCUUCCUAUGGUGCUGUUGUUCAGGUGACAAAAAGAGUAAAAGUAAAACAAAAAACACUUCGUCAUCUGCUAAUGGAAUGUCGACAACAUAUAAUAAUCCUUUAAAACCUGACCCCAAUGAUGAUAUGGGAGGAGCCAUAUCCGGGGCCUGGCCAAGGAGACAUGAGCAAGCAACCAUUCCCUGGGCCUGGCCAAGGCACAAACUACCCAUCAUACCCACCAGGAAAAUACUAAGAAGUUUAAAUGGAGUGGUGGCUUUGAUAUCCGGAAAACAACUCCCAUUAAUUUCAACGCAUACUGCAUGUGUACACUUUGGCUGUGUCUUUUGUCAAUGGUAUCAUCAUCCUAAAACUACUGGAUACUGCUGAACAAUUAUUCUUUUGCCAGAAACGACGAUUGCUAUGUUUAGAAAGAUUUAACAAAUUUCAAAAAUCUAUUUCUAAAGGCGUGACUCUCUGAUUGCUUUGUAUCAGUUUUAUAUACCAAGGGUUUAAAUCAAAUGCUGUUUAUCUUGUGACAA